AUAGAGAGCGAAAAUCUCUGCAAUUCAAUAACCAUAAUAAAUGUAAUAAGCAAUGUUUUUACUUUGCAGUUUAACUGGUACUUGAAAAAAAUGUCACAUGCAAAGGUCAGUGCAAAAAAAGGAAAUGAAGAUCUUAUUAAGCAGUUUGGUGUUCUGAACCAUGUUUUGGUUAAUGGGAGUGUGUUUACAACACAUGUUGGGAUUUUCCAUAGCAAUGGGUUAGGCAAUUGGAAAUUUGAAUUUGAUUUUACAUUAAUUAACUGGAAAAAUAAGAAAAAUCAGGUUCCAAAAGCUCAGUGCUCAGAAAGUUGUUUGCCAGGAUAUCGGAAAGUUCCCGGCUUCGUCAUACAAUCUUGUUGUCAUAGUUGUGUCACGUGUGCAUAUGGAGAAAUGUCCAAUAUUACAGAUAGUGAAAACUGCAUGAAAUGCCCCGAUCAUGAAUGGCCAAAUGAGAACAGAACUCGCUGUAUAUCCAAACAAUCAGAAUUUCUUCCCUUCGCUGAUGACACGCUCUCACUAGUAUUUAUAGUCGUCUCACUGUUGUGUUUUGGGAAGACUCUUCUAGUUCUCGUCGUUUUUAUUUUACACCAGGACACGCCAGUUGUGAAAGCCAAUAACAAGAGCCUCAGCUUCGUCCUCCUGGUCUCCAUCAUGUUGGGUUUCCUCUGUGUGUUCCUCUUCCUGGGUCGUCCUGUGGAUGUAACCUGCUUGCUACGCCAAGUUUCCUUUGGAAUUCUCUUUACAAUAGCCGUAUCUUCUGUAUUGGCCAAGACUAUUAUGGUUUGCAUUGCCUUCAAAGCUACCAAACCCAACAGUGUGUGGAAAAAAUGGAUUGGAGUAAAACUGCCCACCUGUAUAGUCUUAGCUUGUUCCAAUGUUCAGGUUAUAAUCUGUGUUAGUUGGUUGUCCAUCUCUCCUCCCUUCCAGGAAUUGGACACACACUCCUACCAGGAGAAGAUAAUCAUUCAGUGUAAUGAAGGGUCAGUUAUCGGGUUCUACUCUGUCCUGGGGUAUAUGGGGAUCCUGGCUGCUGUCAGUUUUAUUAUCGCUUUUUUUGCCAGGACAUUACCGGACAGUUAUAAUGAAGCCAAAUACAUUACCUUCAGCAUGCUGGUGUUCUGCAGUGUCUGGAUUGCCAUGAUCCCGGCCUAUCUGAGCACCAAAGGGAAAUACACGGUGGCUGUGGAGAUCUUCGCCAUCCUGAUUUCCAAUAACGGUCUCUUAUAUUGUAUAUUUCUUACAAAAUGCUUUAUAAUUCUCUGUAGACCAGAACUGAAUACAAAACGCUAUCUGCACAGUAAAGGAAAUAUAUAAACGUUCUUUAUUUAAAGACUUAAAAAAGUAGACAAGGCAAAGGUUGCAAAAAGUAAAAUUACUUAUUUAAUUCCCGCUUGUAGUGUAAGAGAACACCAUUAAAA